AACAGCAAGCUAGUUACGAAUUCUACGAAGCAGGUCGAUGAUCCGAGUCCACGGCAGUCAUCUAUUGAUGUCCACCUCCUUUCUCAAAGAGAUCAGCCGCUGAUUCAGUGAUUAGACUUUAGAAUCUUAAGUGGUCAGUGACAAGUGUGUAUUGCUAACUCCCACUCACCAUGUGGCGCUCUCAGGCUGGUGCCGCCAAAGUCGCGGCAAAUGUUCAAGACGAAGAUGACGAUUGGGAAACCGAUCCAGACUUUGUGAACGAUGUGAGUGAACAGGAGCAGCGAUGGGGAUCCAAAACUGUGGAAGGCUCCGGCCGUCAGGGAGCCAUAAGUAUCGGUGCCUUGAGAGAAGAAGUAAAAGAUGACGAUACCAAAACGAAAAAAGACCAGUUCGAGAAAGGUCCCAAAUCUUCAUACGGUUAUGGAGGAAAGUUUGGCGUGCAGGAGGAUCGCAUGGACAAGUCGGCGUUGAGUCACGAGCACAUGGAGAAACUGAGCUCUCAUGCCUCACAGAAAGAUUAUGCCCAGGGCUUUGGUGGGAGGUAUGGCGUACAGAAAGACCAUGUCGAUAAGUCAGCCAUGGGAUACGACUACGCUGGGAAGACUGAGAAGCAUGCCUCACAAAAAGAUUAUUCUACUGGUUUUGGUGGAAAGUAUGGUGUGCAGAAGGACAAGCAAGAUAAGUCUGCGGUUGGAUGGGAUCAUCAGGAGAAGCUGUCCCAACACGACUCACAAAAAGAUCACUCCAAAGGCUUUGGAGGGAAAUUUGGCGUUCAGAAAGAUCGAGUAGACCAGGCUGCCCUCGGCUACGACUAUGAAGGAAAAACGGAUAAACAUGCAUCACAAAAAGAUUAUGCAACCGGUUUUGGUGGAAAGUACGGCGUUCAGACAGACAGACAGGACAAGGCUGCCCUUGGGUUUGACGAGUCUAGCAAGGUAGAGCUUCACCCGUCCCAGAAGGACAUGUCCAAGGGAUUCGGAGGAAAGUUUGGAGUACAGAGUGAUCGGCAAGAUUCAUCCGCUGGCUCGUUUGAGGACAUGCAGGGAGUGACCACCUCGUACCAGCGCACCAGAGUGGCUCCGAGUUCUGGUGGUGGAUCCGGAAACCUGAAGGCCAAGUUUGAGAAUAUGGCAAAGGCAGGAGAGGAGGAGGCGCGCAAGAGAGCAGAUUCAGAAAGGCAAAGGAGGCAGGCCAGGGAGGAGAAAGAGAAAGAAGAAUCUAAGAGAGUAGAAGAGGAACGGCAGCGGAAGUUGAAAGAGCAGCACAAAAAUAUGGAGCCAGAGCCGGAGCCAGAACCAAGACGUGCUCCCGAACCUGCCCCAGAGCCAAGACGUGUUCCAGAGCCAAGACGAGCCCCAGAACCUGCCCCAGAACCCCAAGAAGACCAACCGCCUGAGCUACCCCCACCUCGCCAGACCAGACCUGAACCCCAGCCUACCGAAGAGGAUUCUGAGAUGUAUGCGGAGGCGGAUUAUAUGAAUGAAGGUGGGACGGGCCAGGAGCCUGAAGAGUUGCAUGAGCCUGAGCCUGAGCCUGAACCAGAACCCCAGCCUGAGCCUGAGCCUGAGCCUGAGCCCGCUGAUACGUAUGAAGAAAUACCACGCCAAGUUCAAGUAGUCGUAGAGCCUGAGCAGUCGCAGCCGCCGAUAGAGGACGCUCUUUAUGAAGAUAUGCCAGGAGUAACAGGAGAACCCGCAGCGGAACCCGCAGAGGUUCAAAUGGCAGUGGCUGUCUACGAUUACCAAGCAACUGGGGAAGAUGAAUUAUCAUUUGAUCCUGGUGAUGUGAUCUCUGAUAUUGAACAGAUUGAUAGCGGAUGGUGGAUGGGAUCAUGUCAUGGCGCUAGGGGAUUGUUCCCAGCUAACUACGUUGAACUUCAGUAGCCCCCCCCCCCCCCUCACCCCCACCAAUCUACUUGACUGCUGAAUUGAUCGACAGUGUAAAAUAUACAUUCCGCGAGAUUGUGUCCUUACAUAUCAAGGUCAAACAAAGGUUCAUCAUCUGUUUCAAUAUCAAAGUUUGCUCAAUUUUUUUUUUCUGAAGCAAGUACAGUCAAGCCUUAUAAUAGUUUGGCUUUGAUGGUCUUGUCAUACGUCGAUAGAAAUUUUUUAUUAAGAAUUACCGAAGAAAUAACAAGAUAAGUAUUUACGGUGCUGGCACAAAAAGUGAAGAAAAAAAAAAAGUUUUUUAGAAACCUUUAAGUCAUUGAAAGGAACAAAGCUCUUACAACAUAUAAAACUCUUUGUCUUCAGAGCUCUACUUGUGGUUGACGACAGUAAUAUUCCAAAUUAUAUUAUUAUGACAAAUUAUGGCUUCUAGAAAGUGCUAGAUUGAAGAAGUUUUAAUUCUUCAUACUGUAUUUUAUGUAAAGCUAUAAUACUUUUGAAUUGAGCGAAAGUGGUUAUAUACCAUGUAUUAAUGUGUGUUGCAGUCAGUUAAUGCAAAAAUGUUUGUUUUGGAAGAAGAUCAUUCUUAUAACAAGGACAACAAAUUGAAUUUCAAUCUGGAAAUGUUAAAAAAAAAAUUAAAGAGUCAAGACUAGUCUUAUCCUGCGUCCAACUUAGGACUAGCCUUUAGGUUUUGAUAACUCCUAAAGAGUCCUAGAAGUAGUUCUAAAUUACGACUUUAUUUGUUAAGUGAAGGAAAAUUAGAAGAACUUCUGCUCUAAAACACUGAAAAUGUAUUCAUUUUAUUUUCUAGUUGCUUUUGCAUUCACCACUUCGUACAAACAUUGACAGAAGCUUUCUCUAAGGGAAUCCCUUUUUCCCAGGUUCUCUCACACAACAAAAAACCACUAACAUUUCUAGACAAUGAAUUGUAUAAAUUUCAUAUGAUUUUCUGCAUUUGCAGGAUUAUUUUCCAAGUGUAAGCAUUGCUUGUGUAUUAUUAUACAAUAUAUAGCGAUAAACUUUAAUGUUGUAUACUUAAGACUAGAAUUGAAUAUCAUGUACGAAGGUACGAUUGUUUAAUAAGGGACUUGAGGGGUAUGAUUAAUCAGAAUAAACUUGAGGGGUAUUAUUACUAAGGAACUAUUACUUAUGAACCUGAGGGGUCUGUUCAAUAAGGAACUUGAAGGGUAUGAUUGUUAAGUAAGGGACUUGAGGGGUAUGAUUCUUCAAAAAGGACUCAAAGAAUAUCAGUUCUGAUAAACUUUUAAUUGAUAGGUUUUCAGUGACGAUUGUUGACAGACUAUGCAAGCGUGCCUUUUAGUCUUUUGUACUCGCUCCUAAUUUUUUAGUCUUUCUAUUUACCGGUAUACAAAUAUAGACUACGCAAGUCUUGUGUGUCUUCCAUUUUCUACCCCCAUUUUGUUCCUUUUUGGGUGUGACCUAAUUGUUACCUAAGACUUAGUCUUGGUUCCAAGACCUUCGCACCGACAUGGAUCAAUUCCAACAAUACAAGCACCUCCAUCCUUGGUGUAAUUCUAACAAACAGUUGUCAGCCGCAAUGAGUUCAAGAAGAAAAGCACGCCCUCUGUCGGGUUAUAGCGCUACGUUACGAGUAUGAGAAAAUAAGGUCUUGGACCAAGACUCUGCAUGACUACACACAGUCUACUUAGUGUGGUGCACCAUAAGAUGGAUGGCACAUUGAUAUAAACAGCCCCUUAAAGCCCUUGGACCCUUUUGGUACAGAAAAAAAAUCAAAAAAAAUCACAGAUUUAUACAUAACUUACAGGGUUUACAGAAGGUA